UAAUUACUUCUAUAGCGGGGUAUGAGUGGCCUUCGAGACCCUCACCUGAACGUGGUCAUACGUCAGCUUAUAUCCCAACGGUCCUGUAAUAGCUGCAUGCCUCUAUCUCUCACUCAAUUAACGUUCUGUAACGUCGUUUUUGAGCAUUGAUUGUUUUAUUUGUAUUGUUUGGACUUGUACAUAUUGAGUGAGGUCGCAAUCACAUUUUAUUGCUUGCUACUCAUUCCUGUCCGUAAAUUAGUUUCAGAACCGAAAGGAACCUUCGUUACACCCUACCUUUUUCUUUUCCAUAUUUCCCGUUACAGACAGUUUACGUGUUCUAAUACUGAACACCUGGAACUUUCACUCUCUACAUAAUGAAACGGGUUACCAAUAGUUCGACGGAAAUUUCAUUCGAUUCUCCUCGUGGAGGUGCUCAGAUUUAUACGACAGAGAAUGGUUUACUAUAUCAUGCAGGAAAGCUUGUUGUGAUUAUGGCCGGACUUCCUGCUCGAGGAAAAUCUCGAAUUGCUCGCUUGCUAGCACGGUAUUUGAGUUGGUUGGGCGUUCAAUGUGAUGUUUUUCGAGUGGACGAGUACAUUGAGAGCUUUAACAGUGGUUUUUCUAUGAAGUUUUAUGAAGAUCCUAACACCUUACAUGAACACCGGUACUAUCAAAAGUACGUUAACAAUUGCCUCACGGAUAUCAACGAGUUUUUGUACAAACAAAAUGGACAAGUUGCCAUUUUUGACGACAUUAAUGGAACGAAGAAACGAAGAAAAGAACUCGUUAAUCUAUUCACUAAACGAGGUAUAAAAGUUUUAUUGAUUGAGAGUAUGUGCACGGAUACGAACAUCAUAAAUGAUAAUAUUGCGACUGUAAUAAAACGGUUGCUAAAGAUUACAAAUAUGGAUUACGAAACUGCAUCAAGUCUUUACAACAAACGAGUACAAGCAGUUUCUGAGACGUAUGAGCCAGUCGAUGAAAUUGAAUACUCUUAUGUUAAACUUCGAAACUACUCUGAACAUGUGAUAACAAAUGAGAGUAAUAGCGGCUACUUAAUUUCUCGUAUUUUAUUCUUACUCAUUAACAUUCGUCACAGCACUGCAGCCGUUUACUUGCUUUUAUCACCUGCUUUGAAAUACCCUUUGUGCGAUUUUUUGUCGGCUACUGAUAGUACUGCAUUUGUUGACACUCUUUCACGCGCUAUCGGCGUAAUGAAAAGCUCAAAACAUAGGCGUUCCCUUUACAUUCCGCCGUGUCUGGAACAAGAAUACAUUAGUCAGCUUUCCAGAAGAGGAUUUAAAGUAAACGAACGCAUUGAGCUGUCUCCAGUACCGCUUGACGAGUAUACUGGAUUUGACUCUCUAAAAGAACGACUUGGGGAAGUGGAAUACGGAUUGUUUCAAAAAGACCCCUACCGCUAUCGUUUUAUUAAUGGAGAAUCUCUGUGUGAUUUGGCGAUUCGAUUGGAAUCACUGCUUCUAGAGCUUGAACAUGAAUCCGGUGACAUUGUUAUGAUGGCUUCUCCAUAUGUGAUCAAGGUUCUAUAUGCCUUUUUUAGAAACAUUCCCUCAUCAGAAAUCAUUCACAUCCCACUACAACCCAGUCAUAUCUACCGAUUGACCUUUCUCAGUGAAGGUGCAAUGUUAAAAGAAUACGCUUUAAACGAGCUAUAAUGUUAAAUUGUUUACGACCGCAGAAAAAAAAACUUUUUAUUAUAUUAUCUCACCCCAUCCCUUUUCUCAUUUUUCCCAAACUCUUAACGAAUUGAAGGACUCCAUCACAAACAAAACAAACAAAACAAAACCGAGAAGUGAAUACUAAGCGCAAGAAGACAUCAUUCCGUUGAGAACACCGAGCAAUUGCUCGUUUUCGCAAGCUGCAGCAACACGCUCCUUAUCGUUAAGCUGCUUAUUGACUUGGUUUUCGCUGGCAUGUGUUCCCUUCUUUACAUAGACAUGAACUCGGAAUCUCGGAGGAAGACAACGUUGCAAACGAACUCGAAUGCAUAGUCCAAUUAGUGUACACAUAGAACAAUGAGGAAUCGUUGGCGUAAUGUGAACCGUUACCGAGGAAUCACGUCCAUUGUCAACGACCUCAAUGUCAUUCAAAUUUACCACCGACAAUUGUGCAAGUGUCAGGGGAUGUUCGGGAUCAUUUAUCGAUGCUAGUAGAUCUAACCUGGUUAAUAAUCGUAAUAAAGACCUAAAUCUCCUAUGCAGAAAUUGUGAAUAUUCGUGCUUACCAAAUACUUCUUGUGCAUCAAAUGGUUCAGAAGUAGAAUCUUCAGCGGACUCCACUAUGCCCAUUCCAUCGAUUGGAUCUAAUCCAGCGUAAUAGUUAACUUCAUCAGGUCCAGCAAUUUUCGUUCUUUUUGGAAUGCAAUGGCUUGACUUAAUUUGAGGGUUUUCGUUUUGUAAUUCUCCUGCCGGCAUGCCGUAAAUCUGUAAUUAUAUGAUAAAUGAUUCAGCAGUUGUCUAUAAAUGAAACAAAAUCAAAUCUAGGGUCUAUAAAACGGAAUUGUUGAUUUUUUUUUGGUCGAGCUGGGGAGCUGGGUUCUCUUAAUGCAAUUUGCCCGCGAAGUUCUCGACACCAAAAUCAUUUCUAGCCACAGACAACAUACCCUGGACUG